AUUUUAAAAUGGGUGAAAAUGAUACGAACGAACCAGGUCUCCCGAAAGAUGCUGCCACUUAUCUUAAAAGACUAGCUGAAACAAAAGUGCCCGUAGUGACGGUUGAUUUUACCAUACAUGAGAUGGACGAUGGUAGCAAAGUGUCAACUUUAGACCGUUAUUGCAAAGACGUCCAAGCACCUGCUGUUCAUAAGCCAACGGAUGAGGAAUUCUUUUCCAAAGAUGAUCCUGAAAAACCCGAUAUUCAAUUUCUGAAGAAUCAUUUCUACCGUGAGGGAAGAAUUACAGAGGAACAAGCUUUAUUCAUUAUCCAUAAGGGAACUGAAUUAUUAAAACAGGAACCCAACUUAUUGGAAGUAGAUGCACCUAUAACGGUGUGUGGUGAUAUUCAUGGACAAUAUUAUGAUUUGAUGAAAUUAUUCGAAGUUGGUGGUAAUCCAGCAGAGACCCGAUACCUUUUUCUUGGUGAUUACGUCGACAGAGGAUAUUUUUCUAUUGAGUGUGUUCUUUAUCUAUGGGCAUUAAAAAUAUGGUAUCCUAAUACAUUAUUCUUGUUGCGUGGUAACCAUGAAUGCCGUCACUUGACGGAUUAUUUUACAUUUAAAUUGGAAUGUAAACAUAAAUAUUCCGAGAAAGUUUAUGACGCUUGUAUGGAGUCUUUUUGUGCGCUUCCACUUGCUGCCAUAAUGAAUAAACAAUUUUUAUGCAUUCAUGGUGGCUUAUCACCAGACCUUAAUACUUUGGAUGAUUUACGUGAUAUCGAUAGAUUCCGAGAACCGCCAACACACGGGUUAAUGUGCGAUUUGUUAUGGGCUGAUCCACUAGAAGAAUUUGGUCAAGAAAAAACAAAUGAAUGUUUUAUACAUAAUCAUGUUCGGGGGUGCUCCUACUUUUUUAGUUACCAUGCCGCUUGUAACUUUUUGGAAAAGAAUGGAUUAUUGUCAAUUAUUCGCGCACAUGAAGCUCAAGAUGCAGGGUACCGAAUGUAUCGUAAGACAAAGACCACUGGUUUUCCUUCUGUUAUGACAAUUUUUUCGGCACCUAAUUAUUUAGACGUAUAUAAUAAUAAAGCUGCUGUGUUAAAAUAUGAGAAUAAUGUCAUGAAUAUUCGCCAGUUCAAUUAUACGCCUCAUCCUUAUUGGUUACCAAAUUUUAUGGAUGUAUUUACUUGGUCUUUACCUUUUGUGGGUGAAAAGAUUACGGACAUGCUUCUUGCUAUCUUAAAUAUCUGUAGUAAAGAAGAAUUGUUAGAUGAAGAGCUUGUAGAUGAAGAGAAAUCAACAGAUAUAACGUCAGCUGACGGAGCAGAAAGGCGCCAAAUUAUCAAGAGUAAGAUCUUGGCAGUUGGUAAAAUGGCUAGAGUAUUUUCCGUUCUUAGAGAAGAAUCGGAGCGUGUUAUGGAAUUAAAGAACGUCACUGGUACUGGUAAAUUGCCUUAUGGUACUUUAGCUUUGGGUGCUGAGGGCAUCAAACAAGCCAUAACCUCUUUCGAAGAGGCGCGUCGAUCUGAUCUCGAAAACGAACGUUUGCCACCUACCCGAGAAGAAGUAAGCGCGGCUGAACAAGCCAAAACGAAGGCAGCUAUCGAAGAAGCUAUUCAAGAAGUUGAUAAAGAUGAAGCACUUGCAGAAGUUGCGGAAGUUUUUAUCAAAGAGGAUGAAAAGAGAAGAAGCUUGAAAGAACCACUUGUUCUUAAUACUGUUAAUACCUGA